UGGAGUCACGUGGCCAGGGGCUCCCUGUCAACAUGGCAGUGCCCGGUUGGGAGGAGCGGUAGACGCAGGGACACUCACAGACAUGGAGCACGGAGAUCCCGCCAGCUCCACAGAUUUUCCUGCCCUGAAAAAUGAUACAUUCCUCAAAGCCGCAUGGGGUGAGGUGACUGACUAUGUCCCUGUCUGGUGUAUGAGGCAAGCGGGAAGGUAUCUGCCAGAAUUCCGAGAGACACGAGCGACUCAGGAUUUCUUCACAACCUGUCGCACUCCAGCAAUCUGCUGUGAGUUGACAUUGCAGCCCCUCAGGCGGUUCCCAUUAGAUGCUGCUAUCAUUUUCUCUGACAUCCUAGUGAUUCCUCAGGCACUGGGGAUGGAGGUGACCAUGGUUCCAGGAAAAGGUCCUACGUUUCCAGAGCCACUGAAUGAACCUGUGGAUCUUCAGAAAUUGAAUGAGAACGUAGAUGUAACUCAGAAGCUGGCAUAUGUGUUCCAAGCUAUAACACUGACUCGCCACAAGCUGAAGGGAGAAGUCCCUCUUAUCGGCUUCUCAGGAGCCCCGUGGACUUUGAUGGCUUACAUGAUAGAAGGAGGUGGCUCAAAAACAAUGUCAAAAGCAAAACGCUGGCUAUAUCAGUACCCUCUGGCCUGUCAUAAACUUCUGAAAAUUCUCACUAAUGUUAUCAUUGACUAUCUGGUGGGACAAGUAUCAGCAGGAGCUCAGGCACUGCAAGUGUUUGAAUCUCACGCUGGUCAUUUGGGAUAUGAGCAGUUUAGUGAGUUUUCACUCCCAUACCUCAGAGAGAUUGCCCAACAAGUGAAAGAAAAGCUGAAGGCGUCAGGAAUAGAUCAAGUGCCAAUGAUUGUGUUUGCAAAGGAUGCCCAUUAUGCCUUGGAAGACAUUUCGGAUUCUGGGUAUGAAGUGGUGGGGCUAGACUGGACUAUUCGGCCUAAAAUUGCACGUGAAAAAACAGGAAGAAAAGUGACCCUCCAAGGUAACAUGGAUCCCUGUGCACUAUAUGCACCCAAGGAUAAAAUAAAUGAGAUUGUGAAGAAGAUGAUUGAAGAGUUUGGUACACAGCGCUACAUUGCAAAUUUGGGGCACGGCAUGUAUCCUGAUAUGGAUCCUGAACAUGUGGCCACGUUUGUGGAGUCUGUACAUACAUACUCAAGAGAAAAAUGCAAGAAUGAAUAAAACACUUUUAGUAUGCAAUAAAGUGGAAUGGAUUCAACAUAAACACAAGGAACAAGAAAAAGUUGCACUGAGAAACAGUUGAAUGUUAACUGUUGGUUCAUCAGGAGAAUAGUUUUGACGUGAAAUAAACAUGUUAU